GUCGUCAUCACAAAUCACUAUAAGUUCACCGGAAAUAAAGUUUCAUAACACCUUUUCCUCAGUUUUCACGAUUCUCAAGAAGGACGCUUGGCAGAAAAUUAUCACCAUUCCUCCAGAGAUCUAUAUCGUCGAACCCGAUCAUGGCUGAACGAUACGUCGAAGCACACAAAAUCGAGAACUGGGGAGGCCCAGGCGAUGCUCGUCCCACGGCCCUUCAGAUCAUCGAGGAUUACGGUCGCAAAGGAGCCAUGACGGACAAGGUCUUCAUCGUGACCGGUGCAUCCUCAGGUAUCGGUACCGAAACUGGACGAGCGCUCGCAGCGACCGGUGGAAAAGUCUUCCUUACCGUGCGAAAUCUCAAGAAGGGAGAAGAAGCGUGUAAAUCGUUCCUUGAACCUGGUCGUGUUGAGCUAUUGGAGAUGGACAACAAUUCCCUUGCCAGUGUGCGGAAAGCGGCGAAGGAAUUUCUUGGAAAGAGCGACAGAUUGAAUGUUAUUGUCAACAAUGCUGGGAUCAUGGCUGCUCCAUGGGCGAAGACAGAAGAUGGGUUCGAGUCGCAGUUUGGGACCAAUCAUCUUGCGCAUUUCCUGUUCUUCAAUCUAUUGAAGGAUACGAUGAUCGCAUCGUCGACUCCCGACUUCCAUUCACGUGUCGUCAAUGUCUCAUCCAUGGGUCACUUGACCUGUGACGUCUUUCGUGGAGACUACAAUUUCGAGAAGGAUGAGUACUCGCCAUGGAAAGGGUACGGACAGUCUAAAACAGCAAAUAUCCACAUGGCAAACGAGAUCGAGAAUCGAUAUGGUUCCCAAGGACUGCAUGGCUUAUCCCUGCACCCUGGUGGUAUCUGGACGAAUCUACAGAUCCAUGUAUCGGCAGAGCAAAUGAAGGAGUGGAAGUCGGCGCCAGGCGUAGACAAACUGUUGAAAAGCGAAGAGCAGGGCGCAGCAACCUCGGUAUUGGCAGCUGUCGCGAAGGAUCUCGAAGGCGUUGGAAGAGUCUACCUGGCGGACUGUGCAAUUGAACCACCCCAGGCCGAUGCAAAGAAAGGGCAAGAUGGAUACGCGCCUUGGGCGUUCAACAAGGAAAGCGAGGCGAAGUUGUGGGAAGACUCGCUGAAAAUGGUAGGAUUGGAUGCGUAAAGGUCUCGCAGCGAUCUGUACGCCGUCAAAUAGAUAGAUAUGCAAAAUUAAAAGGCUUUUGUGUAUUGAA